AUGUCAGUGAACGCGCAGUUAGUGGGAGCCAACGAAAACAUUAUUGAAGAGAUACCAAUAAAAACGGGUAUAUGGAAGACGUUAAAAUGGAGAGCGAUCCUGGCGGAGAUGAUAGCGACCAUGCUUCUAAUUGCUCUGGGCUGCAUGACGUGCAUACCUAUUGAUGGAAUGCCAAAUCCUCUAUACGGACCACUAGGUUUUGGGCUCAUAGUGACUUUCAAUGUUCAAGUGUUCGGUCACAUUUCUGGAGCUCACAUGAAUCCGGCUGUUACCUGGGCAGCUGUUCUUUGGGGACGGAUCUCUUUAUUACUCGGUGUAAUGUAUAUAGUGGCACAAUGCUUCGGUGCUAUUGUUGGAUAUGGAGUUUUGGUUGCUUUGUCACCAGCGGAUUUCGUUUCGCGAGGUAUCUGCGCAACUACACCGUUAGCGAUAUAUACGGAGUACCAGGUGAUUGGCAUUGAAGUAAUUUUGACUGCCGCAUUGGUUUUGAUAUGCUGUGCCCUCUGGGAUCCUGUUAACAAAGACCUUCAAGACAGCGGGUCUAUUAAGUUCGGACUCACAGUGGCUGGAUUAUCUUUGGCAGGUGGGCCAUUAACCGGGGCUAGUAUGAAUCCAGCGAGAUCGCUAGGACCAGCUCUGUGGACUUUUACGUGGAGAUCCCAUUGGCUUUAUUGGUUUGGUCCCUUCCUGGGGGCAACUUUAGCAGCCAUAUUCUAUAAAUGGGUGUGGCUAAAGGUAGAUAAAGUUAAGCCGGAUAUACUUACGUGGUCAAAUGUUGGUGACGGUAUAACGAAGAUAUUAUAA